CAGAUAUACUCCACCCAGACAGAGCAAGUCUAGGGUUUCUUCGCAUAAGCAGAGCGGCGAUGGCGAAGGCGGAGGCGGAGGCGGAAGUGGACUCCUACAUUAAUUAUAUGUUGAUGCAGAGGAGGGAGGCGAUGAGGAAGGUUGAUGAGGCGCGGGAGAGGAUGAAGAGAGGAGGCCCCGGCCGCAAAAUGAAGAAACGGAAGACGGAGACGGGAAAGAGCUCAAAGAAGGCGCCGGCGGUUCCGGUGGAGAUGAGCGUCAGCGAGGUGGGGAGCAGCCCAGCGGAAUCUGAAGAUCUGGCGAGGACAAGGGAGAUUAUGGAAGCAGCCAUGGCCAAGAUUCUGGCGCGGAUGAAGGGGAUCGUCAUCAAGGAGCCGGUCAAGACGAUGACAGAGGAGGACGUCGCGGCGGCGGCCGUGUACAGAGCCAAGGCGGAGGAGGCGCGCAGGAACGAGGACCGGCCGGAGGAGUCCAGCGCCCUCAACAAGUGGAUCGCCACGGGAGACCCCGAGGCCGUCAAGUGCCGCAAGAGGUGGAUUGCGGAAGACAUGGAGGCCCUGAGGCUCAGGGACAUGGAUCCCGACGAGGAUACCUCCGACUGGCGUGCCUUCGAGGCCAAGGAGUUCCGCGAGUUCUGGGAAUACCUUUAUCCCAAAUCCUUCGGUAAAUUCGAGGACAACACGCGUAUCCCAUCCAUGCUUUACACGGACAAGAAGUCGUCUGGUGGCACAGCCCACCCCAUAAGAACUCUGCAGGUCUUUUCAGUCAAAGUUGCAGGACUACAAGAUGGAGUGCACUGGCCGCUGGAAGUGUUUGGCGUCGUUGCUGCGCGAGACUGUUUGGAUCAUAAUCGCAAUAUUAUCUUCGAGCGCGAAAGGGAUAACUGCCAAAAGAUCCACAAGGAGAAUCCGUAUCUGACACUGACAGGUCCUAGCCGUGCUAUUGUGGUGGUGGAUCCUGUGUGGUUUGAGGUUGCAUUGAAAGUGAAGGGCGCCACUGAAUCUGAGGAUAAAGAGUUAAGCUAUCACGUCGAUCCUUAUUAUAUUUCCGGCUCAAUGAAAUCCUAUGUGUUCAAUCGCGUCAGGGCUAGCAGGCUGAGCACAAUGGAGUUGACAUUGGGUGACAUGGUUCACUCCGUGGAGGCCACCAUCAGUGUGAAAGUGGUUGGCGGGGAGUGGCCACAAGGUUUCAGAGGUGUAUUUACAGCCACUACCGCCAGCAUAGACGAGGAGAAAAUCGAGUUGCUUGAUUUCGGAGACGACAAAUUGCCUGUUGCAGCUGAUGGCCCGAUACAGCUCUCACGAAGUGUUGUGUCUGUUGAAGACGACGGGCAGCUGAGAGUCUCUGUCAUGGCGCGUCACCUGGUGGAUCGAUCUGUCCGACGGGAUUCUGGAGUACUCGCAGCUAAGACAUCCUCCAGAAGCUAUGCUAAACUUGAAGUUUUCUCUUGUAAGAUGGAAGUCACUGUCGCCUGGUCUCUUCUCCCGUACUGGCCACAUUACCGUGACAUGCCGUGUCCUAGCAUAUGAAUGGCUUUGGUUUGGCUCUAGUUGCCGGAAGCACAGUAGUUAUUUAUCUAAUGCAUGUAUGUAUGGUUCAUAGCAUGUGUUAUGCGGUGGUACUGUAGACAAGUCAGAUUCGAUGGCUGUUAAGCUUAUAUAUGCUUGUAUAAUGAGUUACGGCCGUGCUGUCUCGGUCAACUAGUCUUUUGGUUCAGUCCUUGCACAGGGAAAAUAAUUA